ACAAGAUUUAUGUUCUGAAGAUGAAUAAUUAAACAAGGUUUAGUAAAAUUGAUAAAACCUGCAAACUGAAAGGUUAAAAAUGUCCACUAGCACAGUUAAAGUGAAGUCCUUUAAAAAUUUGAAAGGAGUGGCCGUUGGAGCACCAGCUUCAAACUUGAAAAACCUCUCUUCUCUUCGAUGCAACCCCUUAUUAACACCAACCGCAACCACAGAUCGGUUCGCUUCACUUCACUGCGCCAUAUCCAUACCAGGGAGAGAGACAGACCACACUGCGUACCCUUUUAGCCUGAUAAAUUGCUUGCUUGAGAGAAUUAUAUAUGACAGGCAUUGUCAUGGUGAACAAAGGAGGUGGCCGAGCUAGUGGGGCUGCGGGAGCGAAGGGUGCAAGAGGGAGCGAAAACGAGCAGAACCAGCUGUCUAUGGCGGCGAUUAUAUUGGAAGCUAUAAGGAAGUCAGUGUCUUGCAGUUUUGAGGAGAAAGAAGAUGUGAUUCCUGACGUUCAUCAUUUGGAGAUCGGGUGGCCUACGAAUGUUCAGCAUAUUACCCAUGUCACGUUCGAUCGCUUCAAUGGGUUUCUAGGUUUGCCUGUGGAGUUCGAAGUCGAGAUCCCGCGUCGGGUCCCGAGUGCUAGUGCUAGUGUGUUUGGUGUAUCAGCAGAAUCAAUGCAAUGUACUUUUGAUUCAAGAGGAAAUAGUAUCCCUACAAUUCUCUUGCUAAUGCAGGAGAGGCUAUACUCACAGGGAGGUCUAAAGGCAGAAGGGAUUUUUCGUAUAAACCCAGAAAAUGGGCAAGAGGAGCACGUGAGGGACCAGCUGAACAGAGGCAUUGUGCCUGAUGAUAUUGAUGUACAUUGCUUGGCAGGCCUUAUAAAAGCGUGGUUUAGAGAGCUUCCUUCAGGGGUGCUGGAUGGGCUUUCCCCUGAACAAGUUCUCCAAUGUAAAACUGAAGAAGAAUGCGUUGAGCUUGUGAAGCAGCUAAAGCCAACAGAAUCUGCUUUGCUCAAUUGGGCCAUUGACCUCAUGACUGAUGUUGUCCAGGAAGAAAAUUCCAAUAAAAUGAAUGCCAGAAAUAUUGCAAUGAUUUUUGCUCCAAACAUGACUCAGAUGUCUGAUCCAUUAACGGCAUUGAUGCAUGCCGUACAAGUAAUGAACUUGCUCAAGACUCUUAUCACGAAAACACAAAGAGAACGUGAAGAAACUGAAACUGGAGGAUAUUCGCCCAUGUCAUUUCAUUCAUCUGGUCAACAAACUGAUGAGGAUUUUGAAAGUCAGCAAGAGAUGGAUACCAGUUGUGAACUGAGACAGGCACCCUCAGAUCAUUAUGAAGAAGAUCGUGCCCAUUAUAGCCCUCAUAAUGAAGAUGAUGAUGAAACUGAGUCAUUGAUUGAGAUAGAAGAUUGCUUCUUGAGGCCACUGGAUGAGAACAGAACUGGCUAUAUAUUUUUUCAGCAAGCACCAGCUGAUUUACCCAGAGAAUUUGCAUCUCCCGGAACCUGCUCAGCGUUUAAAGUGGAAUCUGGCAUCUCAUUUACUGAUAGCAGAAGUGAAAAUUCCAGUUCAGCUACAAGUGACGGAGAAGACUCCAGGGAAAGUAUGAUAGAUGUAGGCCAAGAAAUUGGUAGAAGAAGCCCAAAAGGAUGUGAAAACUCUGAUGAAGUAAAGACAGUUGACAAAUUAGCUGAGUCUGUCUUGCCCACGCAAUCGAUUAUCUAGGCUUUUUUUUUUUUCUUGAAAGUGCUUAGGAGAAUACUUCGUUCCAGAGUUUGGUUUGGUCUCUAAUGUCGCGGUUGCAUCUGUACAUUAAUGCUGCAUUAAUUGUCUGGGCUUUGGAGUAUUCAAGUGUUGUUGAUUGUUAGAGAGUCAUGGUUCAGCUUUGGGCUGAACCUUGUGCUUGUUUUGUGAGUUUCAGAUAGAAGCUGAAAACUCUUGUAUGUUUCUGUAGUGUGGAUUUGUAUUCUAAACCUUGACGUUCUUA